AAAAACUUACCUUAUUCAAGAAGCAAAACAGAUUGGUGUUUUGGCUGCUUCAUGUCACUUUGGUAUUGAUCAGUCUAUGGUAUCACGAUGGAAGAAUAAUGAAAAAAAAUUUAAUAAUGUUGUAUCUGGUAACCGAUGUGUUGGUGCAGGAAGAACUUUAUUUUACCCAGCUGCUGAAGAAGAGCUUAUUAAAUG